AUGAGUAAACCCCAGCCAAACAAACACAUGCAGAGGGCAGUGGUCACCGAACUCCUCACUACCACUGAUAUGACUGGAGCCUUCAUUACCAUGGCUGAAUGUGUGCAGGCUGCAGUGGCUUCUGAUCGUGUUCCCCUGCACUGCAGACUGGGCUUCAAACCCUGUAAGGACGGAUCCGAGUGUGUGCUGUACAGUCAUGUGUGUGAUGGUGAGAAUGACUGUCCUGACGGCUCUGAUGAAGAUGUAUGUGCCGCUGUCUGCAGCAUAGGUCAGUUUCAGUGUGCACAUGGUAAGAAGUGCAUCGAGCGACGGCAAUUGUGUGAUGGUGUGGCUCAGUGUCAGGAACGCUCGGAUGAAGUCGACUGCUUCAAGCCAGAGGAGGGCUGCGGUCAUCGCUGCGAUAAAAACCGCUGCAUCCCAGAAUCCUUUGUCUGUGAUGGAGACGCAGACUGUGCUGACGGCAGUGAUGAGGAAAUCUGUGGUCAGUUUCAGUGUGCACAUGGUAAGAAGUGCAUCGAGCGACGGCAAUUGUGUGAUGGUGUGGCUCAGUGUCAGGAACGCUCGGAUGAAGUCGACUGCUUCAAGCCAGAGGAGGGCUGCGGUCAUCGCUGCGAUAAAAACCGCUGCAUCCCAGAAUCCUUUGUCUGUGAUGGAGACGCAGACUGUGCGGACGGCAGCGAUGAGGCCAGCUGUGGAGAGGAGAGUUGCAGCAGUGCCGAGUGGCGGUGCAGCAGCGGUCAGUGCGUGUCGGUCAGUAUGCGCUGUGAUGGACCCCCGGACUGCAGAGAUCAUUCAGACGAGGAGGACUGCGCCGAACCUCCACCAUGCAGCACACAACGCCGCUGUCCGAAGAGCCAGGAGUGUCUGCUGGAUGAGUGGAUAUGUGACGGAGAGAUGGACUGCAAGGAUGGCACAGAUGAGAAGAACUGUAAGGAGUCUACAGUGCAGUGUGGUGAGUUUCAGUGGCCAUGCGCCUCUAACACGCAGUGUAUUCCACAAGCCUGGCGCUGUGAUGGCACUGAAGAGCACUGCAGAGAUGGAAGCGAUGAAUCUGGUUGUCAGAGUGUGUCCUGUCCUCCUCAUCUGUUCCAGUGUGGUAGUUUGGAGUGUGUGGACACGUCUCAGCUCUGUAACGGAGUCACUAACUGUCUGUACGGUUCUGAUGAGGGCGGGACGUGCCAGACAGACAAAUGCUCUGAACAGUCAAAGUGUGCACAGGACUGCCAUAGCACACCUACAGGUGAGCCGUACCUGCUGGUGUCUGUGCAGUCUGAGGUCUUCCUGCUGGGUCUGAGGAGCUCCAGUCUGGACGUCCUGCUUUCGUCAGAGAAGCAGUUUGUCCUUUCACUUGACUACGACUGGCAGAAGCCGAGAGUGUACUGGAUCAACCUCGACACAGACCACAUAAAAUGGUUGUCACUGGAUCAGAAGAGCAAAGGAACCUUCAUUAAAGGUAUCAGUGCAGACAGUCUGGCAGUGGACUGGGUGGCGAGGAACCUCUACUGGGCCGAUAGCGUCAACAGUCAGAUCAAUGCAUUGGGACUGGACAAUGCUGCCACCAGAACCACAGAUAUUGUGAUGAUCCUGGGUGAAGAUCUAGGGCAGCUUCGCUCCAUCACUCUGCUGCCACAGAAAGGAAUUAUGUUCUGGUCAGAAACCGUGGAUGACGCUCAAAUAGAAAGAGCAGGAAUGGAUGGCUCAGACAGACGUGUGCUGGUCAGUCACUCUCUCCGAUGGCCAGUCAGUUUGACGGUGGACUCCCUGCAUCACAGAAUCUACUGGACCGAUGAGAAACUCAAGUGUAUCGGAUCAGCCGAUAUUGAUGGAGAAGAUAUUAAGCUCUUGCAGAUGAUGGAGACCCCCAGUCCAUUCUCAGUGUCUGUAUUCAAUGAUAAGGUCUACUGGUCUGAUACCAAAAGAGGAACCAUUCAGAGAGCUCACAAAAGCACGGGCAAACAGCACCAAGUCCUGCUCAAACGUCCUGGACAGCCGUUUGGUUUGAAGGUCAUUCAUGCACUUUUCCAAGUGGGCGUCUCUAACCCGUGUGCUUCCCAGCACUGCUCUCACCUGUGUGUUUUAUCGCCGGGGCUGAAGGCUGUGUGCAAGUGUCCGUCUCAGUUCCUGCUGGGUGAAGAUGGACUGACCUGCACCAAACCCAAAGACUCGUCCUUCCUGUUGUUUCUUUCUCCAACUGCUAUCACACAGAUUUAUUUACAGAACAGGCACAACGACACGGAUCUAAAGAACUGGCCUGAACAUCGCCGUUUUGACCUUCCCAAUAUGAACAAGUCAACCAUGUUAGAUUUAGUGCUGCAGGACCUCACCCUGUACGUGACUGAUGGCGGUCAGCCCGUCGUGGGGCUCUUCAAGAUGAAGGACACAGCGCUGGUGCCUCGGGGGAAACUGCUCCAGCUACAUAAGGACUGGCUGCGUGCAUUCUCAGUGGACUGGAUCACCCUGAACGUGUACUGGAGCAGCGAGAAGCUGCCUGGCCUGCGGGUCACCUCACCAGAUGGCACACACACCAGUGUGUUAAUACAGGACGGUCUCGGAGCCAUUGAAUCCAUUGCUCUGGACCCACCCAGCGGACGCCUCUGCUUCUCAAACAAAGUUCAGGAAGGUCAAAUGACCCGGGUGGAGUGUGCCUGUAUGAAUGGACAGAACAGGACAGUGGUGUGGAGUAAUUCAGUCCGGCCAACAUCACUGGUCUUGAUGGAUGAAGGGAAUAAACUGUACUGGGCUGACACUGGUCUUGCAGUAAUUGGUUCAGUUGGUGUAGAUGGUUCUGGAUACAAGGAAAUAAAGACAGAAGCUGGCUUGAUGGCAUUUGUUUUGGUUAACAAAGUGCUUGUUUGGAUUACUAAAAAAGACUCCACUAAGUGUUGGUUUAGCGAUGAUAAACAUACAGGGAAGCUGUGGUUUGAUGUGGACACCGACAUCGUUAGUCUGAAAGCAUUCGCAAAGUCAAGACAAAAAGGCACUAAUCUCUGCUCUAAUGGUAAUGGAGGCUGUAGUCACCUCUGUCUCGCGUUCCCUGGAGGAAUGAUGUGCCAUUGUGCCCACAAUCACCGCCUGGUCAACGGCAAAGGCUGCAGUCCAGACCCCUGCUGCCCUCGAGGCACCAAACCUUGCCUGAAUGAAGACAUCUGUCUACCUCUGGAGCAGUUCUGCAACAGUGUCGCCGACUGUUCAGAUCAUUCUGAUGAGAACUGUCUUCAGGAUACACAACAAAAAAACGUCUGGAUCAAUCCUAAAGCGUUUCGUCCAGGUUUGAGCGAUAAUGUCAUAUCAGAGAACGUGGAGUCUGAGGCAUGUGGCGUUACGCUGUGUAAUGGCAACGGUAAAUGCUCGACCCAGAACGGCGUGACAGUGUGCGUCUGUGAGGCGGGUUAUAGUGGAGAGCACUGCCAGGAUCUUUCGAGUGGGCUCUCACAGGGGCCGCUUCUGUACGGAGUAGUUGGACUGUGUGCCGCUGUGGUCGUCCUGGGGAUCAUCGUCGGCUUCAUUCAGAAGAAAAAAGCCACAAAUCGGAGGCAAGCAGCACGGACUGUGGAUGUGCAGGAAACAGGCAUGAAGGAACUAGAGAAAAGACGAGAGACGUCUUCAGUAAAAUCGAAUGGAAAAGACACUGGAUUCUCAGAGGAAGACGUGGUAACAUCUGUGGACUAGCUUCAACAUGUUGGCUGAAGCAUCUUGGUUUCUUUGAAAUAAAGUCAUGUUGCAUUUUGA